AUGGAUCCGAACAUGGGGGUUCGGAUCUGGGCAGUGGCGUCACUCGGAGAUCGCUGGACGGAGAAAAUCGACAGCGGCGGCGCCAUGAUCGACGGCAGAAGCUGUUGCGUGAGAGAGGAAUUAGACAGAGACGGGAGAGUCAGGGAGGAAGAGAAGGGAGAAGGGCAUGGCGGCGCAAGGCUGGCCUGGGCUCGGGUGGCGCGGGAUCGCCGGCAGGAGGACUUGGCUGGACGGAGGCGGGGUAGUGGAGCCGCUGGUGAUGGCUCGGGAGGAACGGACGAGCUCAGGGACGAGCUCCUGUGCGUGGACGCGGCAGCGGCGGCGGCUCGGGCGGUUUGGCGAUUUGAGGUCGUUUCCGAGCCGUUCGAUCUCCGGUCAAGCGGUAAUGCAGCGGCCGCGUGCAAGUGUGGAUGGUCUGAGAGCGUUCAACGACGGCAACAGGGAGAACCGGCAACUAUGAAUGGAUCUGAUUUUUUGAAAAAUGACGGCAACAGAGUGUUCAUGCAAUGCGAAUGA